AUGACGAAUGAGCAUGAUACAUUGACAAUAGAACAACCAACUGCAUCCACCAAAAAAGAUCAUAACGACCCUUUAGUUGUGAAUAUCAAAGACACUUCUACGGGAGAAAUCACAGCUCGCAAAAUGACUGCCAUUCAAGUUUGGCAUUUGAAAAAAGAGGAAAAAGUCAUGAUGGAACUUGAUGGCCAUGGACAAGGUCAAGAUAAUGGCACGAAUUUAUUGAUACGGUUUCUGGGUUUAGUGGCCCGUAGAGCAACGCUAUGUCCAAUUUCAAUUCAAAGAUGGGUUCAGAUGCCUGAAGACAACACAAAAAAGCAGUGGAACUACAUUGAAAUAUCCUACAAAUAUUUGUUACGGAAUAUUUAUUUUUAUCCUAAUAAAACAAAGGAAGAAAUUCUGGCAACUAAGAUUGAUUCAGAUAUACCAUCCAUUGAAUGGUCAGCUUUUGUGCAUCACUACACGAAUCCUAAGACAAAGAAACAAUACUUGCAAAAUAGAAAAUAUCGAGUGAAGCUUCAAGUAUCACAUGCUGGUGGUAGUAAAAGCAAUGCUAGAAGAGAAAAAAUGUUAGGAAGACCUGUAUGUCGGAGUGAUGUUAUUCUGUCGACUCUGGUGAAGAAGAAUGGAAAUUAUGUAAAUGCAAAUAUUAGAGCAUUUCCUGAAGAUCAAGAACGUGUUGCUGCUGAAGGAGUUCCUUCGAAAGUGUUAGCUCAUCCGAAUGAUGCAAUUGGAAAGGUCUUUGGUGCUGAAAAUGUAGGGCGUGUGCGAAGUUUUAGUAGUGCUGUAUGUCUGGUAGAUUUUGGCAAGUCUAAACGCAUUUUUGGAUUUAUAAUCGGAGGAGUCUUCAGCAACGUAUCUCAACAGUAUGUGUUAAAUUUAGAGAAGCAGGUUGAAAUAUUAGAGAAAAAGCUAGAUGGAUAUGAAGAAACUAAAAUUCAGUUGGCACCUCUGCAUAAAUUUUUAUUAUCAAAAUAUGGUGAUAAAGUACCUAGUAUGUCCGGUGAUAUGCCAGGCAUUUAA